AUGGCUGCUUUACUUCUUACCCUAGGAACAUGCAUGUUUUUGGUUUGCCGCAGCAAGGGUGUGGCUACAUAGGUCCUUGGAAAACUGGUCUAAGUGGUCAGUUGCAGAAGGCAUUUGUAACAGGGGUACCGAAAUUGAAGGGCUCAGAGCUUGAAGCUGCUUGUGAAGAUUUUAGCAACAUUGUCAUCAGUCAUCCAGAAUUUACUGUUUAUAAAUUAUCAAGUAGGGUCGAGAUAGCAGUUGUAUCCACCACCAUCACAUCUUUAAACGAUUGGUCAAGGCAUUCAGAAAUGCUUUUCAGAAAAAAGAUAGAUGCAUUAUCUCGUGUGAACCACAAAAACUUUGUCAGUCUCCUUGGUUACUUUGAGGAGAAUGAGCCAUUUAUGAGAAUGAUGGUCCUUGAAUAUGCACCCAAUGGUACACUCUAUGAGCAUCUUCAUGUGGAAGAAUUCAAGCAUCUUGAUUGGAGUGAGAUGAGGAUAAUCAUGGGGACAGCCUACUGUCUGCAGCACAUGCACGAGCUGAAGCCACCCAUACCACAUCUCAACCUGCUGUCAAGCUCGAUUUUUGUUUCAGAGGAUUUUGCUUCUAAGGUUGCGGACAUUGAUGUUUGGAAAGAAAUUUUUGCCAACGUGAAGACACAUGGAGAUGAUGACCUUGAUCACUCCAAACCCCUUUCUGCCGAUCCUGCAAACGAUGUCUACAGUUUUGGGAUACUAUUAUUAGAAAUAGUUUCUGGGAUGGUGCCAUGUUCUGAAGAACAAGUCUCCCUUCUGAACUUGGUUGUGGAGUACUUAAAUGGUAAUGGUGGUGUUAGCUCUUUGGUCGAUCCCACUUUGAAAACCCAUAAAGAUCAGGAGAUGGAAACCAUUUGCGAGGUCAUCCGAGAUUGCAUCAAUCUUGAUCCCAGGAAGAGGUCAACCAUGAAAGAAGUUACUUCUAAGUUGAGGGAUGUGAUACAAAUUUCACCCGAGAAUUAUGCGGCAACCACCAUCUGGUAUAUGGCUCAGUCUAUCAUCAUGUAAACCUCAGUCCACUUAUCUUUCUUCUCUUUAUUGUACCAUGGAAGAUCCAUCUGCUUCUUCUUUAGCCAUAGCAAUCGACUGUGAACCAAGUGGUCUUCCUGUAGGACCUGCGAGAGACCAAGGAGUAUCGAUACAGAUUCACUGCGAACUUGAAUGUGUAGCCAUCUUUGCACGACUGCUGAAGGUUGGUGCAUUUGGGACCGAGAUUAAAUGAUUCAGAGUGUAAAUUCUCUCGCAUUUCUCCUUCAAA